AUUAAUUUAUUUUACUUUUAAUAAAUAUGAAAGAAACAAAUUUUUUAUUAAACAUUGAAUGUCGUACAUGUUUUAACGCUAGCAAAGAUUUGCGUCCUCUUACAACAAAGAUGAGUUAUUAUAAGAAACGAUUGAAAUCGUAUGGUGAACUUUUAGAGGAAGUCACAAAAAUUAAUAUUAAAGAUAACAAACACCCAGAAUUUCCACAAGUAAUUUGCGAUAAAUGUUUACGUCGUCUAAAAUCAGCUCAUACUUUUAUAAAGCAGGCUGUAGAAGUUAAUGAACAACUCUACUCCAUGCUAAAUGAAAAAUUGGAUAGCUUGCAGCAGGAAACAAAAAUCAAUGUGGAACAUGAUAUAGAAAUUAAAAUUGAAAGUAAUGGCCAAGAACCAGAAGAAAAUUCAGACUGCCUGCACGAAACACAAAUCGAUGUAGAAACUGUUCAAGACAUAAAAGUUGAAAACAAUGAUGUAGAAUCGACGAUAGCAUAUUUGGAUCGUUUACAGGAAACACAGAUGCAUGAUGUAGAAUCUACAAGAGAAUUUAAAGAUGAACACAAUGGACAAGGACAACUGUUGAUAAAGGAGAGUUUCGUGAAUAGUACGGAAGCCCUAGACAUAAAUUUUGAUUUGGAAAGUAAAACAAAACAAACGGAGUUAUAUAAUGAUAACUAUUACUCUGAAUCUUUGCAAUCGCCUGAUUCUGAUUCAGAUUCAGACUGGAAAGAAAGUGAAAACCAAGCGAAAAGAAAAUUUAUACAACAGAAAUCGAAUCAAGAAAGUAAUGCGGAAAUCUCAAUAGAAAAUGAAGAAAAUAUUGAUCUGGAAAGUCAAGCAUUUAGAGAAAAAAGUCAAGGAGAAAGAAGCAAGACCAAUGAAGAAGAUAAUGAUUAUGAAUCUGUAUCUGUGGAAUCAAAUGAUUCAGACUGGAAAGAAUGCGAACAAGAAUCUAACCGAAAAUGUAUAAAAGGCAAAAAGAAAUCCGUAAGCAAUGUUCAAGUCUCGGUAGACAAUGAUAAUGCACUACAAUGCAAAACAUGUAAUAAAAUAUUUAAAGAUUCCAAAGCAUUAGCAUUCCAUCUAAAAAAAAGUCAUAUACCGGAAGAUAAAAAAUGUACAUGUCCUUUGUGUGGCAAUAAAUAUUCGCUUUAUAGCAGUCUUUAUGCACAUAUGCGAGCGUUACAUGGACCAGAGACAGUAACAUUUCAGAAAAAACCUAGACAGGAAAGCGAUUGCAUAUACAUUUGUGAUAAAUGCCCCCGAAAAUAUAGCAGAAAACACAGCUUAGUUGAACACAAAAAAUUAAAGCAUCCGGAGACUCGAGUGGAAAUAAAAAAAAGAAGGAAAGAAAGACCGGUGGACCCUGGUUCAUUGUGUCCCAUAUGCGGCAAAGUCUUCACUACCAGAAAUCAUUUAACCGCUCACUUAAGACAACACACGGGCGAACGACCUUUUCAGUGUGAUUGGUGUGAACGAAAAUUUUUGGUUGUCACCCAACUCAACAGACACAAACGUCAACAUACCGGUGAUAAACCCCAUAAAUGUCAGUUGUGUGGCAAAGGUUUUGCAUCGCCUAAAGAUUUACGUCAACAUAUGCGUUCGCACAGCGAAGAAAGACCGAAUAAGUGUUCGUUGUGCGAACGUAGUUACAAAUUUCCAACAGAUUUAAAAGUCCAUAUGCGUACACAUUCUGACGCAAGACCAUUUGUUUGUGAUGUGUGUGGAGAUAGUUUUCAACGACCAAAUUCUUUGAGAGCUCAUCGCAAAAUACAUGAGAGAGCUGUGCUAUCUACACAGUGAUUUGUUUUACACUAUAUCUCCCAUAAUAUUAGGCUGAUUAAUACAAUGUAAAUCAUAUGUUUCAUCUUAUUAUCCUCCACAACCAGAAGCAAAACACAUACAUAUAUUUUAUUGAAUUGAAGUUUUAAGUGGAAAUAAGAGGGUGAUAAGCGAUUUUUGUUUGGUUUAAGAUAUAUUUAUUAAUAAAAUCGAUUUUGUUAAUGAAUUAAAUUAUAAAAGAAAUUAAUUGUUAUAUUAAUAAACAUUACUUUUUAUUUAUAAUCCCAAAA